GAGUUUCUCCGGAACCCGGAAGUCCUGGCAAGGAAAGGCGGGCGAGGACUUCAGCCGGGAUGGAUGAUACGCUCUUUCAGUUAAAGUUUACAGCCAAGCAGUUGGAGAAGCUUGCCAAGAAGGCAGAAAAGGACUCCAAAACAGAACAAGCCAAAGUCAAGAAGGCCCUUCAGCAGAAGAAUGUGGAAUGCGCUCGGGUCUAUGCAGAAAACGCCAUCCGGAAGAAGAAUGAAGGCUUGAACUGGCUGCGCAUGGCUUCCCGUGUAGAUGCCGUGGCCUCCAAGGUCCAGACAGCUGUGACUAUGAAGGGAGUAACCAAGAAUAUGGCCCAGGUGACCAAGGCCUUGGACAAAGCUCUCAGCUCCAUGGAUCUUCAGAAGGUUUCGGCUGUGAUGGACAAGUUUGAGCAGCAGGUCCAGAAUCUGGAUGUCCACACUUCAGUGAUGGAGGACUCCAUGAGCUCAGCCAUGACCUUGACGACACCCCAGGAGCAGGUGGACAGCCUAAUAGUGCAGAUUGCUGAAGAGAAUGGCCUGGAGAUCAUGGAUCAGAUGAACCAGCUGCCCGAAGGGGCCUCGGCCAUGGGAGAGAGCUCUACACGUUCGCAGGAGGAUCAGCUGUCACGGAGGUUGGCUGCCUUACGGAAUUAAUUCUCCCGCACCCUCGCAGACAGUUGCUCCUGCCUUGUUCUCUUAUGAUUUGUGGGGUUUCUGCCUGGGGCCCUGGCCUUCCAGCCCUCUGACCAACCUCUUCAAGAGCCAGGGAGGCCUGUCCAGUCCUGCAGGCCUGCUGUACCCAGUGUGGACCUCCUCCUCAUCCAGCAACAAUAGCUACUUCUAAAGAAGCCAUGGUGACAGCAAGGCUCUGUGUGAGCAUGUCUGGUCGUUGGCAAAGGUCUCUCCUGGAAUGGGUGCCCUGCCUUUCCCAACAGCUUCUCCUUCCAGUCUGCACUUCCCACUUUUCUCCUCCUC